CAGCCGAACUGGAAAACCCGCUCCCUUCUUCCCAUUUCCCUUUGUUAUCAACCACAUCAUCCCCCUCCUUUAGCACAAUGCGGCAGUGCUCAAAACCUCGUCGCCGCCGCAGUGUCUUGGAAGCUAUCACACUUGUUGCCUGCUUCCCGGUCUGGUUCUCUAUCGGCGUUGCACUGUUGGCUUACGACAGGAGUAUAGUUCCGGGAUAUAAAAAGGUGAAAGACAGAAUUGUACAUUCGCAGAGGUGGCAGCUUUGGAAGAGAAGGAGGGAGUUUCCGAAUGUGAUGACGAAAGGGAGGGGGAGGAGAAGAUCGAUUUCUUCAUCACCACCACAGCUAAGUUAUAUGGGUUUCAAAUUGGGGAAGAGGAAAGCGAGGGCUAGGGGGGGUGGCUUCGUUCCGGGAUUGUUGAGACUGCCAACGGAAAUCAGGCAGAUGAUUUGGGGACUGGUGUUUGACGGCGAGAUGAGGAUUCAUAUCGAGGUUCGAGAAAGGCGAAUUAUUGCAAUGCGUUGCGAAGACCCUGUUAAAGAGGAUGAAGGCUGGGUGAAAACGUGUGCGUGCCAGGAAGCAACGUGGGUAGUCCUCCACGCGGAUGGAAACGAGACUGAGUAUCCGAAACAAGGGAUAAGGGCGCUACCGCUCCUUCUCACUUGCCGGCCUAUGUAUACGGAUAUCUUGGAUUAUGUGUACAGAACCUCAACAUUCGUGUUCCACCGGCCAGAAACCCUGCUUGUCUUCUCCCACUCCAUCCCACAAUCUCAUUCCCAAAGUCUAACAAAAAUUCACUUCGACUCCCGAACUCACUCUUAUGCCGGUUCCGCGCGAACGCACCCAUCAUUCGUGCACACUCUAGAUCACCUUCCGGUUCCUAUCCGCAAAGCCCACAAAUCCGCCCUUUCCGCUCAAUGCUUACCCUUCACUGUUGAAAACGCACACUUCAAAAACGUUAAAUUUGAAAAACUCCAACCGAGUACCUGGGGCGCUAUGUGUGAAGCACUCACCUCCUUGAGCGGUUUGAGGGAAUUGAGGAUCAGUCUGAACUGGUCUCAACAGGCCGUAUACGGUAAUUUGGGCCCAGUUAGGGAGGGUUUACAAAUGAGGGUUGAGGCCAAUUGGAUGGGGAAGGGGAGUAGGGGUGAGGAGGAGAAACUGGGGUUUGUUGUGGAGAGGAUGGUUAGGGAGAGGCAACAGUAUCAUUGGAUGGGUGCUUUGACUUGA